GAGCUAGACAGCCUGCGGUGCCGCUUUGUGGACAACAACUCCCAUUGUUGGGCGGAGAGGGACAAGUAAUCUUGUUGGUAUAUCCAUUAUCUUCGUUUGAAAAGCGCAUCUGUACAUUGUAUCGGAUUAGUAUGCGUUGAAUACUGCAUCAAUCUCCCAUCACUAGUUGGUUUGUCAUUUUAGUAGGGACUUAGAAAGUAGCUAUCGUACCGGGGUUCGUGUUAAGCAUCGGAAUUAACGGAGCCAUGGCGAAAAGUCUGUCCCUUGUUACUGUCCUUUUGUGUGGGACUCUGAUCCCCUUCGUGACAGCUGGAGAUGACUGUGAAGCCUACCUAAAUGCCUUCAGCCAUUACAAAGCCAAACUGGACUGCAGUACAUUUCAGUGGUGCUGUGGAACGUGUGAGAAUAGAUACUGCUGCAGCAGCCAAGCUCUCUGGCUGACUGAGUCUGAACAGGAAAACUGCAUAUACAGUGGCAAUAUGAGCACUUUGACCAUCUCGUCGUUCGUAGUGACCGCUGUCAUCUUCACCAUCAGUUUAAUCUGUUGCUGUGUGUGUCCCUGCUGUUGCCUGUACAAAAUGUGCCGGAAGUCCAGACCGGUGAUAGCUACGACCGCCCACACAACGGUGGUGAAUACUCACUACCCCCAGCAGCCCGUCCAGCCCUACCAGGGGGCCCCCCAGUACCCUGCCUACCAGACCGUGCCUGUCCAGCCUGGGUAUGGGGUUCAGCCUCAACCCGGCUAUGGAGGUGGCCAGCCCAUACCCACAGCACCAGGCUACCAGGGACAGCCGUUCCAGCCAGGACCACCCCCUCCUUACCAAGAGACUGGUCCAGCCUAUCCUCCUGCUAUCCCAGUGUCUUAUAGUCAGGCUGGGUUCAGUCCAGGACAGCUAUCUUACCCCCUCCAGGCUCCAGCCCAGCCCAGCUACCCAGCCCAGCCUCAGCCAGCCUAUCCCUGUGCACCUCCCGCCCAGCCCGACUUCCUUUCUGCCCAGCCUGCUUACAACCCUGCCUUCAUGGAGCCCCAGCCUCCCAAGACUGGCAACUGAAGCAGCUCCUCCCCUCCCACUCUCCAUCCACCCGCUCUCAUGGGAGACAAACUGACUGACUGACUGACUGACUGACUGACUGACUGACUGGUGGGAUAGAAACAGACAGACAGACAGACUGGAGGGAUAGAAACUGACUGACUGACUGACUGACUGACUGACUGGUGGGAUAGAAACAGACUGACUGACUGACUGACUGGUGGGAUAGAGACAGACUGACUGACUGACUGGUGGGAUAGAAACUGUGACUGGUGGGAUAGAAACUGACUGACUGACUGGAGGGAUAGAAACUGACUGACUGACUGACUGACUGGUGGGAUAGAGACAGACUGACUGACUGACUGGUGGGAUAGAAACAGACUGACUGACUGACUGGUGGGAUAGAGACAGACUGACUGACUGACUGGUGGGAUAGAAACAGACUGACUGACUGACUGGAGGGAUAGAAACAGACUGACUGACUGACUGACUGACUGGUGGGAUAGAGACAGACUGACUGACUGGAGGGAUAGAGACAGACUGACUGACUGACUGACUGACUGACUGACUGGUGGGAUAGAGACAGACUGACUGACUGACUGGUGGGAUAGAGACUGACUGACUGGUGGGAUAGAGACUGACUGACUGACUGGUGGGAUAGAGACAGACUGACUGACUGACUGGUGGGAUAGAGACAGACAGACUGACUGACUGACUGACUGACUGGUGGGAUAGAGACAGACUGACUGACUGACUGACUGACUGACUGACUGACUGACUGGAGCCAUACAUAGUCAUGAUCCGGUCAAUUCCCUAAGCUGGUCUCACCUUAUCAAUAUGACUCCAACCUGUUCUCACGCGUGGGAUUGAACUGAACAAUGUGUAUCCCAAAUGGCACCCUGUACGGUGCACUACCCUGGUCAAAAGUAGUGCACUACAUAGGGAAUAAGGUGCAAUUUGGGACUUAUCCUGUGUUUUCACUUUGUUUUAGGGCCAGGAAUUUUUCUGAUUGCCUCGUAACCUGGCCAGGAGUAUUUGGUCCAGGGUAUGUUUAGGACCUGGUCAAGCCUUAGGUUUCAUCUCAAAUGGUACCUUAUUCCCUAUAUAGGGCACUACUUUUAACCAGGGCCAAUGGUUGUGGUCUAAAGUGGUGCACUAUAUAGGGAAUAAGGUGCCAUUUGGGAAUAACUCUGGGCCCCUAUGUUAAAGAUAACGUCUCAUGUUGUUGGUGUUCUUGUUAAGAGUAUGUUCAUUACAAACCACACGGAAGAAAACUACCUUGGUUUCUGUUGCAAAGCAUUUUUUCUGAUGAACACAACCCAGGAUAAAAUUAAACCUCUGUCAUUUCCAUUAAGUUACUUUUCUUUUUACCAGCAGUUUAUUUACCAGAGUAAUGAUGUUAAAAACUGUUUCACAGGCCGUUGUUGCUUAUGUUUGUAACCUGACGGUGAAAGCACGGCCGUCCCCAUCUGCUACCAGUCUUUAGUGGGCGAAACACCGGUGUUGUCAGAUAAACAGAAAGUCAUAUUCUGAUUUUUUUUUAUUUUUAAUAAACAACAGAUUUUGUACUUGUCGAUGACAGCCAGAAAUGAAAUGUCUGAAUACGAAGUAAAUGUAGUUUAGUGGAAAAACGUUCUAUUAAAACGUUUCCUAUCAAGUCACAAAGCGGCUGAAGAAACCGAAUGGAGGAAACCGUUGCCUUUUUUUACCACAGAUUCUUCACCAAAUAUGAGAAUUGAUUUUAUUUUAAUUAAACGAUCAGUUUUUUCUUUCUUUCUCUCUUAUCUCUCGUUUCCAUGUCGGUUGUAUUUGGACGUUAAAUCAGUGUUGACCGUUAUGCCUGUGUCCCCAAAGGGCACCGUAAUCCCUACAAAGGGCACCGUAAUCCCUACCAAAGGGCACCGUAAUCCCUACCAAAGGGCACCGUAAUCCCUACCAAAGGGCACCGUAAUCCCUACCAAAGGGCACCCUAAUCCCUACCAAAGGGCACCCUAAUCCCUACCAAAGGGCACCCUAAUCCCUACCAAAGGGCACCCUAAUCCCUACCAAAGGGCACCGUAAUCCCUACCAAAGGGCACCGUAAUCCCUACCAAAGGGCACCGUAAUCCCUACCAAAGGGCACCCUAACUAAUCCCUACCAAAGGGCACCCUAACUAAUCCCUACCAAAGGGCACCCUAACUAAUCCCUACCAAAGGGCACCCUAACUAAUCCCUACCAAAGGGCACCCUAACUAAUCCCUACCAAAGGGCACCCUAACUAAUCCCUACCAAAGGGCACCCUAACUAAUCCCUACCAAAGGGCACCCUAACUAAUCCCUACCAAAGGGCACCCUAACUAAUCCCUACCAAAGGGCAUCCCUACCAAAGGGCAUCCCUACCAAAGGGCAUCCCUACCAAAGGGCACCCUAAUCCCUACAAAGGGCACCCUAAUCCCUACCAAAGGGCACCCUAAUCCCUACCAAAGGGCACCCUAAUCCCUACCAAAGGGCACCCUAAUCCCUACCAAAGGGCACCCUAAUCCCUACCAAAGGGCACCCUAAUCCCUACCAAAGGGCACCCUAAUCCCUACAAAGGGCACCCUAAUCCCUACAAAGGGCACCGUGUCGGGAGUGGCAUUCUUUACUUAACCAGGAAAGUCCCAUUCCAGGCAGUCCCCCCCCCCCCCAAGAAGGCAGCAGUAGUCAGGAUGAAGGCAUCAACGAACUUUGUUAAAUCUUCACAAUAAACAACCAAUAUGUUCACUGAAAUGUUUCAGUAUAGGGUGUAGUAUCAACGUUUGACACCGUUUUUAGGAAUGUUAAACGUCCACUAUGAUCUGCCUUGUGGCUAACACUUCACACCCAGAGUCAUAACACGUUGUGACAUUUGUCAUAACCAUGUCAUAACCAUGUCAUAACAGUUGACAUGACCUGUCAUAACAAAGUCAUAACCAUGUCAUAACAGUUGACAUGACCUGUCAUAACCAUGUCAUAACAGUUGACAUGACCUGUCAUAACAGUUGACAUGACCUGUCAUAACCUGUCAUAACAGUUGACAUGACCUGUCAUAACAGUUGACAUGACCUGUCAUAACCAUGUCAUAACAGUUGACAUGACCUGUCAUAACCUGUCAUAACAGUUGACAUGACCUGUCAUAACAGUUGACAUGACCUGUCAUAACAGUUGACAUGACCUGUCAUAACCUGUCAUAACAGUUGACAUGACCUGUCAUAACCUGUCAUAACAGUUGACAUGUUCAUAACACUGUCGGGACAUAUUUAGACCCGUUGUGACAUAUAUUGUUUAUUUUAUGGCUGGUUAUAACACCUACAUAAGAGUUACAACACACCUACAACACAAGGCAAAGCAUUCCAUUACACCUACUGGUCAACAAUGUUUGUUAUAUAUAUUUUUUUUUAAAUGACCAUAUUAAAUUGUUUCUGAUGACUGGGAUGAAUGCAGGAGCAGGACAAGACCCCCCUAUGUGACUGAUGACUGCAGGAGCAGGACAAGACCCCCCCCUAUGUGACUGAUGACUGCAGGAACAGGACAAGACCCCCUCUAUGUGACUGAUGACUGCAGGAACAGGACAAGACCCCCUCUAUGUGACAGAUGACUGGGAUGAAUGCAGGAGCAGGACAAGACCCCCUCUAUGUGACUGAUGAAUGCAGGAACAGGACAAGACCCCCUCUAUGUGACUGAUGACUGCAGGAGCAGGACCAGACCCCCUCUAUGUGACUGAUGAAUGCAAGAGCAGGACAAGACCCCCUCUAUGUGACAGAUGACUGGGAUGAAUGCAGGAGCAGGACAAGACCCCCUCUAUGUGACUGAUGACUGCAGGAACAGGACAAGACCCCCUUUAUGUGACUGAUGACUGCAGGAGCAGGACAAGACCCCCUCUAUGUGACUGAUGACUGCAGGAGCAGGACAAGACCCCCUCUAUGUGACUGAUGACUGCAGGAGCAGGACAAGACCCCUCUAUGUGACUGAUGAAUGCAGGACCAGACCCCCUCUAUGUGACUGAUGAAUGCAGGAACAGGACAAGACCCCCUCUAUGUGACUGAUGAAUGCAGGAGCAGGACAAGACCCCCUCUAUGUGACUGAUGACUGGGAUGAAUGCAGAAACAGGACAAGACCCCCUCUAUGUGACUGAUGACUGGGAUGAAUGUAGGAGCAGGACAAGACCCCCUCUAUGUGACUGAUGACUGGGAUGAAUGCAGGAACAGGACAAGACCCCCUCUAUGUGACUGAUGACUGGGAUGAAUGCAGGAACAGGACAAGACCCCCUCUAUGUGACUGAUGACUGCAGGAGCAGGACAAGUCCCCCUCUAUGUGACUGAUGACUGGGAUGAAUGCAGGAGCAGGACAAGACCCCCUCUAUGUGACAGAUGACUGGGAUGAAUGCAGGAGCAGGACAAGACCCCCUCUAUGUGACUGAUGACUGCAGGAACAGGACAAGACCCCCUCUAUGUGACUGAUGACUGCAGGAGCAGGACAAGACCCCCUCUAUGUGACUGAUGACUGCAGGAGCAGGACAAGACCCCCUCUAUGUGACUGAUGACUGCAGGAGCAGGACAAGACCCCCUCUAUGUGACUGAUGACUGCAGGAGCAGGACAAGACCCCCUCUAUGUGACUGAUGAAUGCAGGAGCAGGACCAGACCCCCUCUAUGUGACUGAUGACUGGGAUGAAUGCAGGAACAGGACAAGACCCCCUCUAUGUGACUGAUGAAUGCAGGAGCAGGACAAGACCCCCUCUAUGUGACUGAUGACUGGGAUGAAUGCAGAAACAGGACAAGACCCCCUCUAUGUGACUGAUGACUGGGAUGAAUGUAGGAGCAGGACAAGACCCCCUCUAUGUGACUGAUGACUGCAGGAACAGGACAAGACCCCCUCUAUGUGACUGAUGACUGCAGGAACAGGACAAGACCCCCUCUAUGUGACUGAUGACUGGGAUGAAUGCAGGAGCAGGACAAGACCCCCUCUAUGUGACUGAUGAAUGCAGGAACAGGACAAGACCCCCUCUAUGUGACUGAUGACUGGAAGAGCAGGACAAGACCCCCUCUGUGACUGAUGAAUGCAGGAGCAGGACAAGACACCCUCUAUGUGACUGAUGACUGCAGGAGCAGGACAAGACCCCCUCUAUGUGACUGAUGACUGGGAUGACUGCAGGAGCAGGACAAGACCCCCUCUAUGUGACUGAUGAAUGCAGGAGCAGGACAAGACCCCCUCUAUGUGACUGAUGACUGCAGGAGCAGGACAAGACCCCCUCUAUGUGACUGAUGAAUGCAGGAACAGGACAAGACCCCCUCUAUGUGACUGAUGACUGCAGGGGCAGGACAAGACCCCCUCUAUGUGACUGAUGACUGCAGGAACAGGACAAGACCCGCUCUAUGUGACUGAUGAAUGCAGGAGCAGGACAAGACCCCCUCUAUGUGACUGAUGACUGCAGGAACAGGACAAGACCCCUCUGUGACUGAUGAAUGCAGGAGCAGGACAAGACCCCCUCUAUGUGACUGAUGACUGGGAUGAAUGCAGGACAAGACCCCCUCUAUGUGACUGAUGACUGCAGGAACAGGACAAGACCCCCUCUAUGUGACUGAUGACUGCAGGAACAGGACAAGACCCCCUCUAUGUGACUGAUGACUGGGAUGAAUACAGGACAAGACCCCCUCUAUGUGACUGAUGACUGCAGGAACAGGACAAGACCCCCUCUAUGUGACUGAUGACUGCAGGAGCAGGACAACACUCCCUCUAUGUGACUGAUGACUGACAUAAGGUCAUGUAGCUGAUAGGCCCAUCUGGCUGAUAUGAUGAUGAUGGUCGUAAUGCUUCUUACCAGUGUCAUAAAGAGUAUUUUCUACAAGUUAUUUAAAAUAUUAAAAACAGUGACAUUAAAGGAAUUCAUUACUACAACAACAAAAAAUUUAAGAGACAAACUUUCAAAUUAAAUAACUUUUUUUCAGGAAAAAAAAACGAAUUUUGAAUCAAUGUGUGUUUUUUAACAAUACUAUGUAGGUGUUAUAACCAGCCAUAAAAUAACACAAUAUAUGUCACAACGGGACAGUGUUAUGAACAUGUUAUGACAGCUGUUAUGAACAUGUUAUGACAGCUGUUAUGAACAUGUUAUGACAGCUGUUAUGAACAUGUUAUGACAGUGUUAUGAACAUGUUAUGACAGCUGUUAUGAACAUGUUAUGACAGCUGUUAGGACAUAUGACAUGGUCAUGAUGUAUUAUGACACUGGGUGUCAAGUGAAGAGCCAGCGCCUUGUGUUUCCACUGACGCUGUGAGAUCAGCUUUCUGCUCCAAGCCUUUACAGCUGAACCGAGCUGAAUGACAUGCCUUCAAAUCUAUUUCUACAAGGGACCUCUUCUGCUUCGUUCUGCUCCAAGCCUUUACAGCUGAACCGAGCUGAAUGACAUGCCUUCAAAUCUAUUUCUACAAGGGACCUCUUCUGCUUCUUUCUCUGUGUAGCCGCAGUCAAUUUUCAUGUCCCUAAUGGAAACCUAUUCCCUAUAUAGUGCACUACUUUUGACCAGGGUCCUAGUAGUGCUCUAAAUGGGGAAUAGGGUGCCAGAAAGGAACAGUCAGAUAGGGACAAGUCAGGGGUUCUGUCCAGGAAGGAACAGUCAGAUAAGGACAAGUCAGGGGUCCUGUCCAGGAAGGAACAGUCAGAUAAGGACAAGUCAGGGGUUCUGUCCAGGAAGGAACAGUCAGAUAUUGACAAGUCAGGGGUUCUGUCCAGGAAGGAACAGUCAUAUAGUGACAAUUCGGGGGUUCUGUCCAGGAAGGAACAGUCAGAUCGCGACAAGUCGGGGGUUCUGUACAGGAAGGAACAGUCAGAUAGGGACAAGUCAGGGGUUCUGUCCAGGAAGGAACAGUCAGAUCGCGACAAGUCGGGGGUUCUGUCCAGGAAGGAACAGUCAGAUCGCGACAAGUCGGGGGUUCUGUCCAGGAAGGAACAGUCAGAUAGUGACAAGUCAGGGGUUCUGUCCAGGAAGGAACAGUCAGAUAAGGACAAGUCAGGGGUUCUGUCCAGGAAGGAACAGUCAGAUAGUGACAAGUCAGGGGUUCUGUCCAGGAAGGAACAGUCAGAUAGUGACAAGUCAGGGGUUCUGUCCAGGAAGGAAAGUUGAAUAGAAAUAUGGUGUAUAGAACAGACAUGUUGAGGAAAUAAUCAUGUCAUCUCAAAUUGAUUGCAUUUCUAUCUGUGUUCAAUAUGUUGCACUUUUUUGAACACAACCCUCUUAUUGUUGGAGCUUGUUGCCCAGGGUUGUUUUUGGCUGCAUGUUAAAUGGACCCUAUUCCUAUGGAGUGGUAAUAGUCCACUACUGGCCUCUGGUUAAAUGUAGUAGCAUUAUGCAGGGAAGGGUUUACCUAUCUCGGGCCUCUGGUUAAAUGUAGUAGCAUUAGGCAGGGAAGGGUUUACCUGUCUCGGGCCUCGUUUUGUUUUUUGCCCUGACACCACACAGCUGAUUUCAAAGCUUGAUGAUUUAGUUGAUUCUUUGAAUCAGCUGAGUGGGUGUCAGGGCAGAAAACUAAAAGGUGCACCUCUUGGGGUCUCCAGGACCAAGUUUGGCAAAAACUCCUGCUGUUGGGAAUAAGGUGCCGUUUGGCUUGUAGCCUUUGUCUUGUCUUGACUUGACGUGACUUCAGGGUGUGAGCACCUUGUCAGCCAGAUUACAUUUGUGUCUGCUUGUUUGACUAUGAAAUGAGUACAUGCCUACUGUAUGUAGUUGAAAAGUUAUUUUUUAUCAGGAAUAAAUACCAGUCUGUUCUAAUGGCAAAUAAAUACUUCCCCCCCAA